AAAUCUCAUAAGAAUAAAUCCUAAAGCUGUUUGAUGUACUUUUAAGAAGCUCUACUACAAAAGCAAUGCUUGAAUUUUCUGAGAAGCUGACAUUUGUUGCGGCAGUAGCUCUGGCUGUCCUGGCUUUGGGAGGUUCGUCCCCGGUAUUGGUGCCUGAGCCUAUUCGCUGCGCUCCGUGUACACAACAGAUGCUGAGCAACUGUCCCGCACUCUCUGCUGACUGCAAGCAAGUGCUGAGAGAACCAGGCUGUGGGUGCUGCAUGGCUUGUGCUCUGGAGAAAGGAGCUUCCUGUGGGGUUCACACAGCCCACUGUGGUGAGGGUCUACGCUGCACUCCCAGGCCAGGUGAGGCCAGACCACUGCAUGCCCUGACCAGAGGACAUGGAGUGUGCACUGAAGAUGUGAGACAAGAGGUAGCUGAUGAAGUCCAAGAACAUGACUCUGUGCACUACCUUUUGGGACUUAAUCUUCCAUCUGAUCACCAAGACGCUGCAGAGGGCCGUGAGAGUUUAAAAGCAAGAGUUAAUGCUAUUCGCAACAAACUGGUACAGCAGGGUCCCUGUAAUAUUGAACUGCACACAGCACUGGACAUGAUUGCCAGUUCUCAGCAGCAACUGGGUGAUAAGUUUACAACAUUUUACCUCCCAAACUGUGACAAACACGGCUACUACAAAGCCAAACAGUGUGAGUCCUCUCUGGUUGGGCCGCCUGUUCGCUGCUGGUGUGUUUCAUCUUGGAACGGGAAGAAGCUCCCAGGAUCCAGUGACCUUCUUGCUAAUGCACAAUGCCAUCAAGAAGCCACUCUUUAAGAUAUGAACUAACACAAGAAAUACAUAAAUGUAUUAAGUAACUUUAAUUUUAGUUAAAUAUGUAAAAUUGACCUAAUGUACAUAGAAUUUUUAAUCAUGUGAGGCAAAAUGGCCACCUAUUUUAUGAACAUCAUGCAAAACAUUAUUUAUUCUUUCCUUGUAUAUUCUUGAAACAAUUAUCAACUUGUCUUUUUAAGAGUUAUACAUUUUUAUUUUUAGCUGACUGAAUAACUCCAUUACUCAAAACAAGUCUGCACCUCAGCCAAACUAAGUAUGCUUUGUUAUAGCCAAAAACGGCGCUACCAUCACGGGUCGUUUAUCCAAAGUGUUGAUGUUUUCUAAAUCCCUGUUCAGGUAUUCAAUGAGGAUUCGCAAAGGGAUUCACAUUUGCUAACCAGAAGUAUAAAAGGGUUAUCCAAGACACUGCACAUUUCAAUAUGCACUGCAUAUUUGUCUACCUCUGCUUGCAUCUGCAAGUUAUUUGGCUUUGUGACCAAUGGUUGCAAAGAUUCUUGUAUUUAUUUGUUUGUGCAUUUUAAUGUAAUGUUAUAAAAAUAUAUGCAGUGGG